AGCGCAGAAAAAAACAACUUUAGUAAAGCCAAUAGACAGGUGUUUUAGAACUGGCAAAAAUACUACCACUUAUUAUUUUACUUGCCUGAGUUCCAGUGGAGCUUUCAGUAGAAAACAAAGGUCCAUGUUGCCAAGCCGCCAAGGUGUUACGUCUGCCCGCGGGCGAGGUGCGAAGAAGCCACAGGCUGGAAAUCCGAGCAGAAAAGUCGUUGAAGAGAGACGACAGGGAUUUGGUGUUCAGGAGUCUCUCGACGGCUCUAAAUAUGAAGGAGAGUUUGUUAAUGGCUUCAAACACGGCAAGGGAAGGUACACCUGGAAAAGUGGAGAGUUCUAUGAAGGAUCUUUCUACAAAGACUACAGACAUGGAGAUGGAGUGUACUGCUGGCCAUCAGGCCACAAAUUCAUUGGCAAAUUUUACCUCAACUGGAGAGAAGGAUAUGGACAACUGCUGUUUCCAGAUGGAGCCAUAUUUAAGGGUUUGUACCAUGCUGACCAGAGGUUCGGUCCAGGUGUGCUUAGUGAGCCAUCAGGACGUCAGGAUGUGGGACUUUGGCAUGGGAAACAUCUGAUACAACUUUGUAACUCUGUACAAGACAGCUUCAGCCUGAAAAAUGUUUAUGGAUAUGCUGACUACUUAGCGCAAACUUGUGCAUCAUAUUGUCAGAGACAGCCAAAGAAAGAUGACAGUUUGCUGUUACAUGAUGGCAAUGCUAUUCUCCCCUCUGGCAUUGAGCAUUAUUCUACGGAUAGCGACCACCUACAAUUCCCCCCGGAGAAAAGAAGAGAGUUUGACCAACAUUUUUAUGGCCAAUUGUGGGAGCCAGAUGAUCACCCAUACGAAGACUACAAGAGAGACCCACUCGCCACUCUGCCCUUAAAAACACGAAUACUGGCUCACAUUCACAAACACAGACGACUGACUGAAAACUUGGACUGGGACAUUGCAGCAAUUCUUUCAUUAAAAAGGGACAGUUUCGGUCCUAAGGGACCUCUGGAAGUCACAUCAGAACUGUUGAUUCGGCAAGCUGCUAAAGGAGAACGACAGUCUGUUUUAAAGAUUCUGCUGGAUGGUCUUGUUCACCCUGAUGUAGAAGAUUCUCUGGGACACACUGCAUUGAUUGCCGCCACAGUAAACAGCCAUCAUGAUGUGAUUCACUUGUUGUUAGAUAUGGGUGCUGAUAUUGACAAGCUCAAUUAUGAGGGCCUGUCAGCUUUGUCGGUGUGUCAUGUCCUUUACUAUCCUUUUGAGUCUUUGUACAUGUUUUCUGGACCUCCAGCCAAAGCACAAGUAUGUCACCCGGAUUUGUUGUCUUUGUGCUCAAACAAUCCUCUGACCAGCCCGCUCGACUUCACUAUUGACUCAUCCAGCCCAAACAACAGACCUCAGACAAGUGGUACACUCCAGACCAACCAGGAUCACCUCUCUGAUCAGACAACAGAGGAUCUAUCAGGAGGCGUCUGGUUUCAUCCCAACACUUGCAGUGCGCUUUCAACUGACCUCAGUGCACCCGAGACCCCUGAAGAAUAUCACUUUGAGGAAAAGGACAAAGAAGACAAAGUUGAAACUGGACAACAGAGAAAGUGGAAAGAUGCGUGUAAUGUGGCAAAUUAUGCAGAGAGGGAAAUAAAAAGCAGAAGUAAAGAUGCUGAAUUGGGUGGAAUUGUAAUCAUGAACAUUUUUAAUGAGGGUGAAAGCUGGGAGGAAGAUGACAAGAAGAACAAGGAGGAGAAGGUGCUACUUUCAAAGCACUCCAUUCCAGUGAUGGAUGGCCACAUUGUAUUGGGCAGUGUGGAGUGGCAAGAAUAUUCUUCAGUUAAGCACAACACUGACAAAGACCUGACCCCAGCUCAAUCCUUUGCCUCUACCUGCGCCAUGUAUAGCUACAACAUACAGGUCACAGAGGAAGAUCUGCAAACUGCAGCUGAAACUCUGAGUCACACUGGAUUUUCUCAACACUGUGAUACUCAGGAGACUGUACGCAGAAUGGCUGCAAUGAAGUUUGAGCAUCGUGUUCGUUUGAGCACACUGAAGCUGUUAUUGGAUCGGGGAGCUGACCCCAACAUUUCCAGCGUCCCCUUACCUGUCAUGUUUUUGGCCAUUAUGGCAGCAGAUACAGAGACUGUCAAGAAACUUCUACUGUGUGAUGCUCGAACAGAUAUCUCGCUCCCACCUGAGUGGAAAGGAUUUUACCCUCUACAUGUGGCUGCAGCACUGCCAGGCCCGGAAGGUCCCAAAAUCACAGAACUGCUGCUGCAUGCUUUGUCUGACCCAGAUGCUCGGGCAGGUGACCAUGAUGGAAUUUAUCUACCAGAUAAGACUGUUGUGCAGGUUUCCAUGAAGACCAAAAAAUCAUGGAGGGCCGAGAAGCCAUCUGAUGCAGACGCGAUGCCAUGUACCCAGGAUGAGCUCUGCCAACCAGAUAAGAAGGUUUCCAUGAUAACAAAUAAAUCAUUGCGGACCAGUCAGAAGCCAUGUCCUUUAGAAGGAGGUCUAACAGCUCUGCACAUGGCUUGCCAGCGGGACACUGAUCACUGUAAUGCCAGCAAGGUGGUAUCCCUCUUGCUCUCCCACAGGGCCAAAACAGACCUCCUUUGGAGUGGACAUUCACCUCUUUCCCUAGCAAUAUCAAGUGGCAAUGACAUGGCAGUGGCAGAGCUCUUAAAAGCAGGUGCUGAUCCCAACCUUCCCUUGGGUCGUGGAGUGGGUAAUGCCCUUUGUGCCCUCAGUAACUUCAACUAUCGUUUAGAUGGCAAACGAGCAAAAUUGUUGGACAUGUUAGAAAAGGCUGGUGCUGACAUGCUGACGCCAGUUCAGGUCGGUGACUCUAUUGGAAAUGUAGUCGACUACGCACAUAACUCCUUCAAUCAGGACUUGCGUAUUGCCAGCACACCCUUCCAUGCGCUCAACAUGGAGGAGAGAGAAACAUUCAAAGCACGUCGCAACUUUCUGAGCAUGAUGGGAGAUCUGCUGAGACAGACUGCUGUCCAGAGAGAGAAGGAAAGCAACCUUUUACUGAAUCGUGCCAUUUCUUCAAAUGUCAAAUCUAGCAACCAAAGUGAACGUUCCAUGGCAGUAAAACAAAGGACCCCAUUAUUUAACUUCUGCUACCACUGUGGUCGCUCUAUCAUUGUGAGGCUAACUGCUUGUACUCGCUGCCACAAAGUGUUUUACUGCUCCACAACCUGUAAACUCAAAGCAUGGGAUAAGAAACACAAGGAAGAGUGUCUGUAGGAGUCAGGAGUCAACUCUUUUACAAACUAACCUCAGGACGGACAAGAUAUGUGACAUGCUCCAAAAUGAGGUUGUACCUGAUAUUAUUUUACUCAAAUGUUCUGUAUAAACCUUCAUGUAAUACAGUAGCUUUGUCUGCUUGUAUCUCUACAUUUGAUGUUGCUAUUUUGUGUUUUUUACCGGCAUAUUGGUUAAAUUUUUUGAUAUUCCAAAAGCAAUAUUGA